GCUUACUCGAGGACAUCGCACAAUCAGUGUAUCGUUCAAUUUUCAUGUGCUAUGUUUUUUUGUUUGCACCAACCCAAAAUCUACUGUCGGUUUUCUUCCCUUUUAUUGCUCAUUAAAUCGAAAUGCCGCCGACAAUACAGAGUGGAGAAAGAAAGGACAGAGAUCGGAAAUCCCGUUCUACAGGCCCAGCCAGGUCUGACAUUGUCUGUCGAGUGAAGUAUGCCAACUCCCUUCCCGACAUCCCGUUUGAUCCCAAGUUCAUCACCUACCCGUUUGAGGCCAAUCGCUUCGUCCAGUACAAUGCCACGUCGUUAGAGAGAAAUUACAAGCACGAGCUUCUGGCCGAACAUGACCUGGGAGUGACCAUCGAUCUCAUCAACCCAGACACAUACAGAAUACCAGAUGAACAUGUUGAAUUGGACAUAGCAGAUGAGAAGCUCCUUGAAGAAGAGAUUGCAACCCCAGGAGAUUCUAAGAGAUCCCGGCAACAUUCCAAGAGCGUUUCAUGGCUUAGAAAGACAGAAUAUAUCUCCAGUGAAUACAACAGAUCUCAGCAUAGCAAGGACAAAGUUGAAACAAAAGUCGCUUACCAUCUCAAGAAGCAAUUCAAUGAAGAAGAUCUUUACAAGGACCGCAGCAACCAGAUCAGUGCAAUCCAGAAAACAUUUGAAGAUGCAAAGAAACCGAUUGAAACACAUUACAGCAAAUCUCGUGUUACUCCAGUUGAAAUCCUGCCAGUCUUCCCAGACUUUGAGACCUGGAUUCAUCCAUGUGCUCAAGUCAUCUUUGAUUCCGAUCCAGCUAUAAGGGAUAAAUCUACACAACAACAGAUUGAGGAGAUGUCACAGGCCAUGAUCAGGGGUAUGGUUGAUGAGAGUGAGGAGCAGUUUGUUGGAUAUUUCUUACCGACGGAGGAGACGUGUAGAAAGCGAAAGAGAGACUUUGAGGAAGAUAUCGAUUAUGUGGAAGGAGAAGAGUAUGAAUACAAGCUUACGAGAGAGUACAACUGGAAUGUAAAGAACAAGGCGAGCAGAGGCUACGAAGAGAACUACUUCUUCGUCUUCCGGAAAGGAAAGGGCGUUUUCUACAAUGAACUGGAAACAAGGGUGCGGCUGAGUAAGAGGAGGGUCAAAGAUGCACCAUCUAGCAAUUCUGUCUUGGUUGUUAAGCACAGAGAACUAUAUGAUCAAGAAUCAGCUAUGCAGGACAUGCGAAUGAACCAACUGGAGAAUGUCAUCCAGGAGGAAGAAGAAGAGGAAGUUGAGAUGGAGACUACAGAAGGAGGAGAGGGAGAAGAACAGGAGGAAGGAGGAGAAGAGGAAGAAGGAGCAGAAGGAGAAAGUCAAGAGGAGGAGGAAGAAGAGGAAAGGGAAGUGGAGCAACAAGAUUCAGAUGCUGAACAAGUGGAGGAAGCGGGCAGUGGAGAAGAGGAAGAACAAGAAGCAGAGGAGGAAGGAGAGGAGAUGGUAGAAGGAGAGGAAGAAGGAGAGGAAGAACAGGUGGCAAGCGGGAGCGAACAAGAGGCAGCCAGCGGAGAGGAAGAGGAGGAGCAGGAGCAGGUGGAGAGAGAAGAAGAAGAGGAAGAAGAAGAAGAGGAGGAAGAAGAAGAGAGAGGGAAGAGGGAAGUUAGGGAUGAGGAAGAGAUCUUUGGUGAUAGUGAUAGUGAGGAAGAACAAGGAGAAGAAGAGGAGGAGGAGGAGCAGCAGCAGGAGAGUGAGGCGGAAUCACCGGUUGCAAGUGACAGUGAUUGAAACCUUCAAAUAACUCUAAACCCAUAGACUAAUUAUUUCUGUCAUUCCCAUAGGCUUUGUACAGGGAUCACUCGAUUCCUGUAGGUAAUGGGUUAACCUGAUGACUACUGCAUUAUGUUAUUCCAAUAGGCUUUGUACAGGGAACAUCAGUAGGAAAUGGGGUUAACUUGUUGACUGCUGAAUUCUGGAAUCCCCUUAAGGCAGUUUACAGGGAUCACCCGUUUCCAGUACACAGUGGGUUAACCAGUUGACUUCUGAAUGCUGCCAUUCCCAUAGGCAUUGUACAGGGGUCACCCAGUUCCAGUAGGCAAUGGGAUACAAGGAAUCUUGACUCUUUGGCUUUGCUACUCCUGCAGCCAAACUCGUUCAGUGAACACUCUCACAAGAACCGCUCUGCAUUAUGUUAUGUCUGUCAUAUAUGGCUAAAUUCUGAGAAAGUAGAGUUUUAACACAUCAGGGGGCUAUUUCACAAAGAUUUAAGUAUGACUUAGAGUUGCACGUGAAUGCCUAGUUGCGUGCGAUAUAAAAGGCAUGACCGUAUUGGUCAGAUCAUGUCAAGAGGACACGCACUGCUGCAUAUUAAUCAUUUAGAUUGCGCAUUGCAUAUCAUGUAUGUGUCGGCAUGUCAGUGAAACAGCCCCCAGUUGUAUCCAGAUGGAAUGACAAAAAGAGAGAAAGAAAGAAGAAAGGGUACGUCAAAGAAAUAACUCCAUUCUGUAGCAAUAUAAUGCCAAAAGUUAUAUUAAGAAAAUAUGAAUCACAUUUGUCGCUUUAUAUCAUCUUACAUCCCCACCCCCACCCCUCCCCUAAUACCUUGACUUUAUGCUGCCUCUGUGUUGGAAGUUUAGUAUAUGGUGUCUCUCAUUUUAUAUAUUGCAUCCUCUUUUCUUCCUCUCUAACUAGUCUGCAUGUACAGACUCAAAUUGACACUUUCACAAAUUAUACAAUACCUAGAGGGAAGACUAGACUCCAAACUCUCUGUUUAUGACAGUCACAGCACAUGAGUGAAUCUAGUAUAGCUACUUCAGACUCUCUAUUAUACACUAUACAAAUUGCAAAACUAAGGUCUGUGCCUGAAGUCUACUCUGUAACUCCCGAUAUUUCAAAUAUAUAUAUAUAUAUAUAAUCACAAAAGGUUUAGUAAAUGCCGUAGAAAUAAAAUCGUAGAUUUUAAAAGGAGCAUAGCUCUCAAAAAUGAAAGGUAAAGUCACACUCUUCGUCAGUGCCCAUGAUGUGACAAAAAAGAGAAUUCAAAAUCAGUUUCUGAAACAGUCGUGAAAAACACGUCUGUUCAUGGGCAAACGGAUUUUGAAACUCACCUUUCAAAGAAAUCAAUUCGCUGAAGAUGGAGGAAGCGCACUGUAAAAGAUGCAUCUAAAGACGCGUUACCAUGACUGCAAGAUGACAAAGGCGAAUCUCCGGCUCCAAAACAGGAAAAUCUGAAAAGGGCCUCACCGCCAACAGUCGAAGUUAAGCAGUAAAAAAUACCUGAGUAAAAUAGAAAUAGUCUGCUUCGGCAUAAGGAAUAAAAUAAUCACAAAAGGUUAAGUAAAUGCCGUAGAAAUAAAAUCGUAGAUUUUAAAAGCAUAGCUCUCAAAAAUGAAAGGUAAAGUCACACUCUUCGUCAGUGCCCAUGAUGUGACAAAAGAGAGAAUUCAAAAUCCGUUUCUGAACAGACAUAUAUAUAUAUAUACAAGUAUAUACCCAUUGGCUAUUAUUAUACAGUACUAUUGAGGGAAAAAAAUCUUAAUUUUGUGGGGGAUAAUGCCAAUCAAGGUGAGAAGGAGAUUGUAUUAUUGUUUGAUUUUAUUCAGUAUAUUUAAUUUCCAACCAUAUGUAAUUGACGUAUAUUUGACAUUGUGAAACUAUGAUUCUCCAAAGCUGUAGUACCAGUAAAAUACCAUAAGCACCACCCAGCACCAUCCAGCUCGCUGGUUGGUGCCACUUUAUGGUUGCUUGAUUGAUAUGCCUAUUACUAUUGCAGUUUAAAGGGCAAGUGAACCGACCUACACUUCAUGUGGUUUCUCAUUGACUGUGUUAUUAUAAAUGGCGAGUCUUGAAAUAUAUACCAUUGAGAAUGAGAAUAAAUCAGCCUGUGAUUUUAUUUGCAUGGAUACACUAAAAUAUUCUGAGUAGAAAAGUUCUUAUUUUGCUACUUGGUAACAUGAUUAUUUGUGUAUGAAUGUAUUGAGCAGUGAAUUAGUGUGUUGUCAUUCAAGUGGGCCUGUAUUUCAAGACUACAACACUCAGAAUGUUGCAUUGUGGGUUUGGAACCCGGCCAGACAUGAGCAGUUGAGGUGAUCUGUACAACGCUGCUGGUUUGUAUUUGCUUUAAAAUAGAUUGAAACUUUGAAAUGAGUACCGUAGUGCUUACCAUAGGACUGUUGGCUUGUAUUAGACUUUGAGCAGCAUUAAUUACCACUGACCGCCAACUUUAACACAAAUGGUACAUUUUGAUAAGGCCUAUAGUGCUCUCUGGUGAUUCUGAUAUGUUUGGAUGGGAGAGCCCCACUCACACUCUCCCUUGGUGGUAGUGUUGCUGACCCAAACCCCCUCAAGGAAAAAAAAGAAUUGCAUUAGAACCUCUGGUUUAUAUUCACUUGCUCUACAAGCAGUUGGUCUAUAUAUGUGGAGCGUUGUGGCCCAGUGGAUUAGUCUUCGGACUUUGAAACAGGGGUCGUGGGUUUGAAUCCCAGCCAUGGCGUAAUUUCCUUUGGCAAGAAAUUUAUCCACAUUGUGCUGCACUCGACCCAGGUGAGGUGAAUGGUUACCCGGUAGGAUUUAUUCCUUGAAUGCUUUAGCGCCUAUAUGGCCGCUCAGCUACAGCCGGGGUAAUAAUAUACCAAGUAUAUUUCAGCGCCUUGAGCACAUAAUCAAUGUGGAUUUGGCGCUUUAGAAACACUCUAGGCCCCCUAUAUUAUUAUUAUUAUUAUAUACUCCAAUAUCACAUGGGCUAAACCCAUUGGCCGGUAUUCUGAACUCGGGUUUAAAUUAAACCCUGGUUUAAAGUUGUAGUUUAACUAUGGAGAGCCAAUUGGAGCACAAAUCCCAAACAGUACACAUACUGUAUAUGACACCCAAAUUGUUCAUAAUUGUCUGGGAAUGAUAACUGAAGUAUUUUUCUUCAUUAUGAAAGCAAAAGGAAACAAAAUAGUAAACAUAAGAAAUAUACAAUAUAAACAGAAUUUUGAACUUUUGGCUCCCCAUAAUUGUAGCACAGAGUCAGACCGUGGUCUAAGCGAAACCUGACUUCAGAAUACGGGCCAUUUGGUCUUCUCUCAUUUUGGUCUAUGUGUGACAUUUGGUUUCCACUUACACUAGGUCUACAGUGCUCCAGUACCCAUGCUAGUCUAAUUAUUAUUUAGUUAAAUGCCCCAAUGAUCUAAUUUCCACUCGGUUUGCUUAUUGCUUUGCACUUUGUCAAAUGCAUGCAGAUCUUUGAAAGGUAAAAUGCACUCCCGGGAAUGCACUAUAUAAGAACUGUUCUAUUAUUUUAUUAUUAUUAUGAAAAUCUGCUUCAUAAAAUGUUGUCUUAUAUAGACUACCAUACGUCGUAUUAGACCAAGUAGAUAUUAGACAAAGUAGUGAAUGGCUUUUGGGCUCCAUGGCAAUUAGAUCAUAUGAUUGUAAAAGAACAGAUUUUAGAUGAACAAGGAUUAGGCAAUGUGGGAUGAGGCCAAAUGCAAAGUAGACAAAGUGGCAAUUAACUGCCACCACUGACCCCAUCAAAAAGGAUCAUUGUUUGACAUUAUUUAGCAGUAGUAAUAAAUGAUGAGCUUCCCUAUUUGUGCAUCAUUCACCCUAGUCUCAAAUUCUACACCAUCAUAUUGAGAGGAAAAAAAUAAAAGAUCAUUCAGUUUGGAAUAACAUCUCUUUAAAAUUGAUGGUAAUAGAUUGAUCUAGAUUAUGAUCAUAUACUAGCCUUUGCUUUCUGUCAAGCCUUUGACCUGCAGAGAGGAUUUUUGCCAGCUUCUGGUUUCUAAUGUGUAAAUAUUGUAAAUAUGCUAUUAAAAUCAUGUUACAUUGGUAAAUUAAA